AUGGAUGCUCGUGCCAAGACGAAACAGCAGCGUCAGAGGAGUCGACCCCCGAGUCGCUUUCGCUCGGGCCAGGUGAGUGCCAGCUUGUGGAGACCGGACGACCCGGAAUUGGGACGGCAGUUGGAAGCCGCUGCGUCCCCGCCUGCCGGCUUGCCGCAGAUGGAACAAGGUUUGCCGUUGCAUCCGUCCCCCCUUGCUGCCUCAUCGGUGGAGUCGGCCAUUGAUGAUGAUGAUGCUGCUGUGCCGGGCACUGGCUCUGGCUCUGGCUCAGGCUCCUGCUCCGAUCAGACGUCUGGGCUACGAGAGCUGCCCCCACAAGCGCCUCCCCCUAAAAGGCUGCGGCAUCAGCCACCGGCUCUCACGGGGCACUUGGAUGACAGCCCAGAGCUCGUGCAGGAUGUCAGGGAUUAUCACGGCUACACUGCUUCCCAG